GGCAGAACUGAUCCUAUCCCGAUUGUUGUUAAAUAUGAUGUCAUGGGAAUGGGCCGCAUGGAAAUGGAGCUGGAUUAUGCAGAGGAUGCCACAGAGCGAAGACGUGUAUUGGAGGUGGAAAAGGAAGAUACAGAGGAGCUGAGACAGAAAUACAAGGAUUUUGUGGACAAGGAGAAAGCCAUAGCGAAAGCCCUGGAGGAGCUACGUGCGAACUUCUACUGCGAGUUAUGUGACAAGCAGUAUCAGAAGCACCAGGAGUUUGACAACCACAUCAAUUCCUAUGACCACGCACACAAACAGAGGCUGAAGGAUCUCAAGCAGCGAGAGUUCGCCCGCAAUGUUUCUUCACGGUCACGGAAGGAUGAGCGUAAACAGGAGAAGGCAUUACGACGGCUGCUUGAGCUGGCUGAGCAGAGGAAACAAUCCGAAAGUGCUCCAGGCAGUGGCCCUAUGUUCAAAGCCACCACAGUUGCCGUGGAUGAAGAAGGCACAGAAGAUGAAGAUAUGCCAGGUUCAGCUGGCCAAGAUAGCCCAAAACACAUUCAAGAAGAAAAAACACUCCAGACAAUCUCUGCCCCAACCCAGCCAACAGCUCCAGCAGUUACCUUUGCUUUCAAAAGCCCAGCUAGUUCCUCCCUACUCCAGAAGGUGGGCUUCUCUUUCUCCUUUGCCAAGAAAACUCCAUUGAAGCUGGAGUCAUCGGCAGCUGUCUUCAAGGACCAUGGUGAGGAAGUGGGAGUAACAGAGGAAGAAAAGGAAGAGGAUAAAGCCUCUGCUGAUAUCAUAUGUACAGUAAAAAGUCCAGUGGAAGCAGAGUGCAGCAAAGAGAGUGAAAUCAAAGUGGAGGAAGAGGAAGAUCAGGGAGAUAAUGGUUGCUCUCUUGCUAACACCUUAUCAAAACUAAAGAAGAUGAAACGGGAGGAAAGAUGUACCCAAGCAGGGGAACCAGAGUAUUAUCACUACAUGCCACCUGCUCAUUGCAAGGUGAAACCCAAUUUUCAAUUUCUACUUUUCAUGAGGUCUACAGAGCAAACACAGACUGAGUGCGAGCCAUCAAAAGAAGAGAAGAAAAUGGCUGCUCCAAGCAAAGCAAAGCCUUCAAAACAGACAGAAAGUAAAGGGGAGAAGACCAUAGCUGGUGAUGGAAAGGCAGCAGAAAGCAUUGUUUCUCCAAGUUUACCUAAGGCAGAGAAGAAAGAGGCUGAUGAAGGCAAAGAAAAGCCUAACGCCAAUUUAAAUGAAGACCCUCCCAAGAAAUCCCCAACGCCUGCAAAAGAACAGCCAGAGCGUCCAAAACACCCAACUGGUCCCUUUUUUUCCGGUUUUGAGCAAGGAUGAGAGCACAACUCUACAGUGGCCAACUGAGCUCCUCAUAUUCACCCAAGCAGAGCCUUCAAUCUCCUACAGCUGUAACCCUUUAUACUUUGACUUCAAGCUUUCCCGGAACAAAGAUGGCAAAGGAAAGCUGGCUGGCAAGGCGAAAGACAACCCUGGCACUAGCAAAGAUAGCCUACCUCCCACUGAGGCAAACAAAGACCACAUUGUCGCAGUAAAGAAGGAAGGCGUUUCUGUGGCACUUACUUGUGGAACCCAGUCAAAGGCUUCCUCUGCACCUCUAAGUGAUCUCAAACCUGAAUCCGUUGAGGAAGAGAACAAAGGAGAGUCAACAGGAAAGUCUCACAAGCACAAAAAGAAAAAAAAGCACAAGAAAAGCAGCAAACGCAAACGAAAACACAAAGAAGGAGAUGAGGGGCCAGAGCAGAAAACGAAGAAAAAGGAAGAAACAUAAGCACAAAAAGGCAAAGGGUUCCUCCAAAACAGUGUUAAAGGUAGAAGAGACUGAGCCUAGUCCAUCUCCUGCCUUGAAAAGCCACACUAAAGAGUUGGGCACUCAAAAGUCUGUGAAUAAAGAGGACAGUACUGGGAACGUCCCUACAAAACAGGACCUUCCUGCUUCCUCCAAAGAGCCUGAAAACAAAAAGUCUAAAACAGAACUGAAACUAUCACUUCCACCUCCUGCUACUGUCCCGUCAUCAUCCUCAUCUCACCGAAAUACACCCAAAAAGGCCAGAAGCCGACACAGUAGUGGUGACUAUGACAGUGAAGAUGAUGGAGGAAGGAAAAAAUCCACCUCUAGAUAUAGUGAUGAGUAUGAUUCCACUAGUGACCGCUCCAGAAGUCGAUCAAGGUCUGGAAAGAGACGACGGUCCUACUCAUCCAGUUCAGGUGGCUCUACAGAUAGAAGUCGAUACAGUCACAAUCGAAGUUAUUCAGACAGUGACUACAGUGAUUACAGCAGUGGGUCGAGGCAGCGAUCCAAAAGGCGGUCACCAGGUUCAGACUCUGAUUCUGUGGCUUCUAAGAGACAUUCCACCAGGCAUAAAUACUCCUCUUCUGACUACAGUCGCAGUCGUUCUAGAAGUAGAAGCCGCUCAAGAGGAAGUAGGAGCCGAGGCAGAGGGAGGUCUAGCAGUAGUAGCCGAAGUCGGAGUAAGAGGAGAAGUCGCAGCAUGACAGGUCACAGUUGGAAGCGUAGUCGCAGUUAUAGUAGAGACCGGAGCACAAGCGCUCGUAGUCAUUCUGGAAAAGGGUCACAUGGGCGAGACAGUGUAGAUAGUCGUCGAGGUGGUAGGCGGGACUUUAACCGCUCUAAGAUAUAUCGUUCUCAGUCUCCACAUUUUGCUCGCUCUGGAAGCCGGAGAGAGGAGAGUCGAGGAUCAGAACCAAAAGGAAUGAGUAGCUCCAACCAGCCACGUAAGAGCACUGAAAAAGACUCUGGCCGAUGUUCUCUAACAGCUAAGCAACUCCUUGAGAAAAUUCAGUCACGCCGUUUGGAAAAGGCAGCAGGAUCCACAGAGGAUGGAACCUCAAAGCCAGGAGCUAAAGUAAAAGAUCCACCUCAGGGAUAUUUUGGGCCCAAGUUACCACCUGCUCUUGGCAAUAAAUCUGCACAACUGCCUAUGAUAGGCAAAUUACCAGCAGGAUCUAAAUGCACGGGUCUGCUGAAAGCAGAGACUGAUUCAAGUGAGGUUUCUGUUACUGUAGAUGGGGAGCAGGACAAAGACACUAAGCUUUCUUCACAGGUGGACAAUGCUCCACCACCAGAGCCACCUGCACCAACUACAGAACAUCUGCCAGCAGAAAGCACUGUCUGCUUUCAGCCACCUCCUCCAGAGCUUGCAGAAGCCGCUGUACCACAACCCUUGGGCAAUGGUAGUCUUCCUUUUCCACCUAUUCAUGGAAGGAUAAUGCCACCACCACCUGAGGGUGAAUUUUUUCAUCCAUCAACAUAUCCACCUAUUGAAGUGGAUUCAAAUGCCCCCCCUCCUGAAGGUGAAGAUGAAGAGGAGGGAGUGGAGGAAGAAGAGGACGAGGGUUCUUUGGCUCCUCUGGAAAGCCAGCCUAUCACUUUCACGCCUGAAGAAAUGGAGAAGUACAGUAAGCUACAGCAAGCAGCCCAGCAACAUAUACAGCAACAGCUUUUGGCCAAGCAGGUCAAGAGUUUCCCAGCAGGGGCAAUUCCACAUGCCCUGCAGCCUGCAACACCUACCCUUCAGCCUAUUCAUAUUCAGCAAGCACCCCCUCCAGUGUCUGCUGCCUCCAUAACCACUGUGCAACAUGCCAUCCUUCAGCAUGCAGCAGCUGCUGCAGCCAUCGGCAUCCCUCCCCAUCCACAGCCUCUGGCCCAAGUCCACCACAUCCCUCAACCACAUCUAGCACCUAUCUCACUUUCCCACCUCACACAUUCUCUCAUCCCAGCCCACCCAGCUGCUUUCCUGGCUAGCCACCCCAUACAUAUAAUCCCAGCCUCUGCCAUCCACCCUGCUGGACCUCUCACGCUUCAUCAUGUACCCCAUGCCCUCUAUCCGACUCUGCUUGCUCCUCGGCCAGCCUCAGCGGCAGCAGCUACAGCUUUGCACCUGCACCCUCUGCUUCACCCCAUCUUCUCGGGCCAGGACCUUCAGCACCCUCCUAGUCACGGGACAUGA